ACCUGCUCAGUCAGCUGGGGCCCCCUGUGGACGGCUGCCUACCUCGCUGCUAGGACCUGCCACACUGCUCGGAAUGGCAGCGGCAGCAGCAUCCCCGCCAGCGGUGGUUGAGGCCACCACUGACGCUAUUGUUCCCUGAUAUUAGACUGCUUUCCCUACUUUGCAUCUGAAAGAAACAAUAGCAGAGGGGAGCUUUGCUUUUUGUACUCUUUGGGAAGACAUUCUGAGGACGAAGAAAAACUCCCUGCCUACCUCCCUGGGAUCUGGACCCUGGAGCGGCUCCCGGCAGCAUGGGGCUGCGAGCGAGGCGCUCUACAUCCGGGAGCCAGGGCACCGCGGGCCAGCACCCGAGCGUCUUGCAGCAGCUGCUGCUGCCCCCACUGCUGCUGCUGUGCCUGGGUGCCUGCGGGGCUGCAGCGCAGGGCGAGGUAGAGGCGCCCACCCUCUAUCUGUGGAAGACUGGUCCAUGGGGCCGAUGCAUGGGAGAUGAAUGUGGUCCAGGAGGCAUUCAGACCCGGGCUGUGUGGUGUGCUCAUGUAGAAGGGUGGACAACAUUACAUACAAACUGUAAGCAGGCGGAGAGACCCAACAACCAGCAGAAUUGUUUCAAAGUUUGUGACUGGCAUAAAGAAUUAUAUGACUGGCGGCUAGGACCAUGGAAUCAGUGUCAGCCAGUGAUGUCCAGAAGCAUAGAGAAACCCGUUGAGUGUACUAAGGGAGAAGAAGGCAUUCAGGUGAGAGAGAUCACCUGUAUCCAGAAAGAAAAUGACAUUCCUGCAGAGGAUAUCAUUUGUGAAUACUUCGAACCCAAGCCUCUCCUGGAACAAGCCUGCCUCAUCCCCUGCCAACAAGAUUGCAUUGUGUCUGAGUUUUCUGUCUGGUCAGAAUGCUCCAAGACGUGUGGCAGCGGCCUCCAGCACCGGACCCGGCAUGUCGUGGCACCCCCCCAGUUUGGCGGCUCUGGCUGCCCAAAUUUGACAGAGUUUCAGGUGUGUCAGUCCAGCCCAUGUGAAGCUGAAGAGAGCAUGUACAGCUUGCAUGUGGGUCCGUGGAGCACGUGUUCCAUGCCCCACUCCAGGCAAGCGCGACAAGCAAGGAGAAGAGGAAAAAAUAAGGAACGGGAGAAGGACCGAGGGAAAGGAGUGAAAGAUCCAGAGGCCCGUGAACUUAUUAAGAAAAAGAGGAAUAGAAACAGACAGAACCGACAAGAGAACAAAUUUUGGGACAUCCAGAUUGGAUAUCAGACUAGAGAUGUUACGUGCAUCAACAAGACUGGAAAAACUGUUGAUCUAAGCUUUUGCCAGCAAGAGAAGCUGCCAAUGACCUUCCAGUCCUGUGUGUUCACCAAAGAGUGCCAGGUGUCGGAAUGGUCAGAGUGGAGUCCCUGCUCAAAAGCCUGCCAGGAUGCGAUGUCCCCCAAAGGCAACCGCAUAAGGACACGACUCGUCAGGCAGUUUCCUAUCGGCAGUGAUGAGGAGUGUCCAGAACUUGAGGAAAAAGAGCUUUGUGUGUCUCAAGGAGAUGGACUUGCUCCCUGUGCCACAUAUGGCUGGAGGACUACAGAGUGGACUGAGUGCCGUGUGGACCCGUUGCUCAGUCAGCAGGACAAGAGGCGAGGCAAUCAGACAGCCCUCUGUGGAGGCGGGGUGCAGACACGGGAGGCUUACUGCGUACAGACCAAUGAAGCCCUCCUCUCCCACUUAAGCUCCCACAAGGACAAAGAAGUUUCAAAACCAGUGGACCUGAAAUCAUGCACAGGGCCAGUCCCUAACACUACACAACUGUGCCAGAUUCCCUGUCCUAUUGAAUGUGAGGUUUCACCUUGGUCAGCGUGGGGACCUUGUACUUACGAAAACUGUAAUGAUCAGCAAGGCAAAAAAGGUUUCAAACUGAGGAAGCGUCACAUCACCAAUGAGCCCACUGGAGGCUCUGGGGGCACUGGGAACUGCCCUCACUUGCGGGAAGCCAUCCCCUGUGAAGAGCCCUCCUGCUAUGACUGGAAAGCAGUGAGGCUGGGAGACUGUGAGCCAGAUAAUGGAAAAGAGUGUGGUCCAGGCACUCAAGUUCAAGAGGUCGUGUGUAUCAACAGUGACGGUGAAGAAGUUGAAAGACAGCUGUGCAGAGAUGCCAUCUUCCCUAUCCCUGUGGCCUGUGAUGUCCCUUGCCCCAAGGACUGUGUCCUUAGCACGUGGUCUGCGUGGUCAUCUUGCUCACACACCUGCUCAGGGAAAACCACAGAAGGAAAACAGAUUCGUGCACGGUCCAUUCUGGCCUAUCCUGGUGAGGAAGGUGGAGUUCACUGUCCAAAUGGCAGCGCUUUGCAAGAGGCACGCAGCUGUAAUGAUCAUCCCUGUACUGUGUACCACUGGCAGACUGGCCCCUGGGGCCAGUGCAUCGAGGACACCUCAGUGUCAGCCUUCAACACAACUACAACUUGGAAUGGGGGUUCCUCGUGCUCAGUCGGCAUGCAGACAAGAAAAGUCAUCUGUGUGCGGGUCAAUGUGGGCCAAGUAGGACCCAAAAAGUGUCCUGAGAGCCUUCGGCCAGAAACUGUGAGGCCCUGUUUGCUUCCUUGUAGGAAGGACUGUAUUGUGACCCCGUACAGUGACUGGACACCAUGUCCCUCCUCAUGUAAAGAAGGGGACUUGGGAGUUAAGAAACAGUCUCGGCAUCGGGUCAUCAUCCAGCUGCCAGCCAACGGAGGCCGGGACUGCUCCGAUCCUCUCUAUGAGGAGAAGGCCUGUGAGGCCCCCCAAGUGUGUCAAAGCUACAGGUGGAAGACUCACAAAUGGCGCAGAUGCCAGCUAGUGCCGUGGAGUAUACAACAGGACAGCCCUGGAGCACAGGAAGGCUGUGGGCCCGGGAGACAGGCAAGAGCCAUUACUUGUCGAAAGCAAGAUGGAGGGCAAGCCAGCAUCCAUGAAUGCCUCCAGUAUGCAGGCCCAGUGCCAACCCUCACCCAAGCAUGCCAGGUUCCCUGCCAAGAUGACUGUCAAUUUACCAGCUGGUCUAAGUUCUCUUCAUGCAAUGGGGAUUGCGGUGCCAUCAGGACCAGAAAGCGCACUAUUGUUGGAAAAAGUAAAAAGAAGGAGAAAUGUAAGAACUCUCAUUUGUAUCCCCUGAUUGAGACUCAAUAUUGUCCUUGUGACAAAUACAAUUUACAGCCUGUGGGAAACUGGUCAGAUUGCAUUUUGCCAGAAGGUAAAGUGGAUGUGCUACUGGGAAUGAAAGCGCAAGGAGACAUCAGAGAAUGUGGACAAGGAUAUCGUUAUCAGGCAAUGGCAUGCUACGAUCAAAACAGCAGACUUGUGGAAACAUCCAGAUGUAACAGUCACGGUUACAUCGAAGAGGCCUGCAUCAUCCCUUGUCCCUCAGACUGCAAGCUCAGUGAGUGGUCCAACUGGUCACGCUGCAGCAAGUCCUGCGGGAGUGGCGUGAAGGUUCGGUCCAAAUGGCUGCGUGAAAAACCAUAUAAUGGAGGAAGGCCAUGCCCCAAACUGGACCACGUCAACCAGGCACAGGUGUAUGAGGUUGUCCCUUGCCACAGUGACUGCAACCAGUACAUAUGGACCACAGAGCCAUGGAGCGUCUGCAAGGUGACCUUUGUGAACAUGAGGGAGAACUGUGGAGAGGGCGUGCAGACCCGAAAAGUGAGAUGCAUGCAGAACACAGCAGAUGGCCCUUCUGACCACGUAGAGGAUUACUUAUGUGACCCAGAGGAGAUGCCCCUGGGCUCUAGAGAGUGCAAACUGCCAUGUCCAGAGGACUGUGUGAUCUCUGAGUGGGGUCCGUGGACCCGAUGCACUUUGCCUUGCAAUCAAAGCAAUUUCCGGCAAAGGUCAGCUGAACCCAUUAGGCAACCUGCUGAUGAAGGAAGAUCCUGCCCUGAUGCUAUUGAGAAGGAGCCCUGCAACUUGAACAAAAACUGCUUCCACUAUGAUUAUAAUGUAACAGACUGGAGCACAUGUCAGCUAAGCGAGAAGGCAGUUUGUGGAAAUGGCAUUAAAACAAGGAUGCUGGAUUGUGUUCGAAGUGAUGGCAAGUCGGUUGACCUGAAAUAUUGUGAAGAGCUUAGACUGGAGAAGAACUGGCAAAUGAACACAUCCUGCGCGGUGGAGUGCCCCGUGAACUGUCAGCUUUCCGACUGGUCUCCCUGGUCAGAAUGUUCUCAAACUUGUGGCCUCACAGGAAAAAUGAUUCGAAAAAGAACAGUGACCCAGCCCUUUCAGGGUGAUGGAAGACCAUGUCCUGUCCUGAUGGAACAAUCCAAGCCUUGCCCAGUGAAACCCUGUUACCAGUGGCAAUAUGGACCAUGGUCUCCAUGCCAUGUGCAGGAUGCACAGUGUGGAGAAGGAACCAGAACAAGGAACAUUUCUUGUGUAGUGAGUGAAGGGUCAGCUGAAGACUUCAGUAAAGUGGUGGAUGAAGAAUUCUGUGCUGACAUUGAACCCAGGAUAGAUGGUAAUAAAAAAGUGGUCCUUGAGGAAACUUGUACCCAGCCUUGCCCAGGUGACUGUUACUUGAAGGAUUGGUCUUCAUGGAGCUUGUGUCAGCUGACUUGUGUAAAUGGCGAGGACCUUGGCUUUGGUGGAAUACAGGUCCGUUCCAGAGCAGUGAUAAUACAAGAGCUAGAGAAUCAACAUCUAUGCCCAGAGCAAAUGUUAGAAACAAAAUCAUGUGAUGAUGGACAGUGCUAUGAGUAUAAGUGGAUGGCUAGUGCUUGGAAAGGCUCUUCCCGAACAGUCUGGUGUCAAAGGUCGGAUGGUAUAAAUGUAACAGGAGGCUGCUUGGUGGUGCGCCAGCCUGAUGCUGACAGGUCUUGUAACCCACCGUGUAGUCAACCCCAUUCGUACUGUAGCGAGACAAGGUCAUGCAGUUGUGAAGAAGGAUACACUGAGGUUAUGUCUUCGAAUGGUACACUUGAGCAGUGUACACUCAUUCCCGUGGUGGUGAUACCCACCAUGGAGGACAAAAGAAGAGACGUGAAAACCAGUCGGGCAGUACACCCAACCCAACCCUCCAGUAACCCAGCAGGCCGGGGAAGGACCUGGUUUCUACAGCCAUUUGGGCCAGAUGGGAGACUAAAGACCUGGGUUUACGGUGUAGCAGCUGGGGCAUUUGUGUUACUCAUCUUUGUUGUCUCCAUGAUUUAUCUAGCAUGCAAAAAGCCAAAGAAACCCCAAAGGCGGCAAAACAACCGACUGAAACCUUUAACCUUAGCCUAUGAUGGAGAUGCAGACAUGUAAAAUAUUAUUUAUCCUGACAACGCCCAGUUUCAGCUUUCUGACUUUGCAGUAGAUAGCAAGAGGCCACAAAGGUUUUCAAACAGCGUGGAUUAAAAUGCAUUGUAACUUUUUAAAAGUGUUAUAAAGAGAAGACUAAAAAUCACAGUGUUGAAGAUAUUGACCAGUACCACUUGCAUAGAGAUCAUUAGUGCUGAGAAUUCUAGGAAAUUUAGUUGAAUACAUGCUGCAUUCUGGAGUUGUACGAUCUUUUCUGAAGUCUACCCAACUGACAAUUCACUUUCACCCAAAAAAAAAAAAAAAUGGUGAAAUUGUCUGGUUAGGAUGCGGAUGCAAGCCUCUGUCUGCAGUGUUAUCCCAUAAUAGCAUUUAGCAUGUGGAGUUUAUACCAAGGUCUCUACAAUAAUAUAGUCAAACAUAACAACAUGUAUACUCAGUUGAAUGACACACAUUAUUAUGUCAGAUUAUGUACUUGUUAAUAAACAAUUUUAAUGGUAAUAGAAACUCUCAGCUGAGCAUAAAACCCAUUAAGACAUCUUGGUGGUUGAUGGUAGCUUUUACUGACCUGCAUUUCAGAGGCACAGACUUUUUUAAGACUUAAUUUUUGUCUCUCUCCAAAGUAUGAAUGCUGGACGUGUACUAGUGUCUUAGAAGAGUCCUCAAGCUCAGUAUUUUAUAGUAGUUAUUGUCUGGAAAACUAAUAAUUUCCUUGUGUUAAUACAGUAUGUUUCUACUUUCCCUAAUUUUCACACUGGUUGCCUGCAUCUUUUUUGCUAAAUAGAAGGCACAUUUUUGCACUAUAUUAGUGCAGCAUGAUAGGCACUUAACCAGUAUUGCCAUAAACUGCCUCUUUUCAUAUGGGAUGAAGACAUCUGUGCUAGGAUGUGCUAAAUGUAGACAUUUACACGUUCCUGUAUCCUGAAGAGAGUAAAGUUCAGCUUGGAUGGCAACAGGAUGGAAUUAGCUAUUCUAUCUGCUGUAUACACUCUUCCUCAUUGCUGCCGCCAUUGUGAAAUUGACAACUUGGCAGUAAUAUAAGUGUUUCAGUAAUGAACUCAUUAACCCUCUAAAAGAUGGAUUCCUCUAGUUGGUUUUUAAUUGUACUUUGAAGGUUGUUUAUGACGAGAUUUUUAUAUUUGUUAUCUUUGUUAAAAAAAGAAAAGAAAAGAAAAAAAGGAGCCGGUUGUCUUUUUAAUUUUGAACAGAUGGAGAAAUGUACUGAUAAUUUUUGUAACUAAAAGAAUUCAAAAUUGUGUGUUAAUUUUUCAUCCCAUUUUUUCCUAGUUUCAGAUUGAAUAUAUUUCAAAUUUCAUAGUUUUGUCUUUAUCAUAAAAUUUGAAACAGUCUUUUUAAUGUAUGAUUUCAAAAACUAAAAUUUUAAAAAGGAAGAAUAAAUAUUUUGCCCAGAGCUUCAUUAACUAUCUAAACUAAGAGUGGCAAGCUUUUUCUGUAAAGGUCUAGCAGAUAGUAAGUGUUUUCCGGCAGGACUAGGUUGUAAUGUCUUAAUUUCUAACAUUAGCAUGUAACCAUAAAUAACACAAAGAAGGAACAUCAUCAUUUUCUAAUAAAUCUUUUUUUUAAAGCAAGCCACACUUGCUGACAUCCAGUUAUAGUUUUCUGAAGAAAAAAAAAACAAAAAAAACCAAAAACUUUUCUGCAAGUUUUUUCAGUGAGAACUCUGCAUUUUGUCAUCUUUGAUUUUCAUUCCUUUAGCCUUAGACUGUGAUAUUGUUUGAUUUCAAAGGUGAAAAAAGCAGUCACUAAUUUUGAAAAAACUUGUACUGAAAGUAACUAUAUUUUUCAGAGGUAACCCUGGAAAUGUAAAAGUGAAAAAAAUAACUUGACAAGCUUCUUUCAUAUGAAAAGAAAAUUCAAAUGGUGCCAUUAAAAAGCAAUACCAUUUUUCAGGCAAUAUGUACCACAACCUUUGAGAGAAGAGAACACAUUAGAUUGCCAGGUCUUUUAUAAAUAGUGUAACACUAUUUUAAGCUUCACUAUUUAAGUGGAUUGAACUAUAUAAGAGAAUUUAACUUCAUAAUAGAGCUUGGUCUCCCUCUGCUGUUCAUUAUAGUACUUGCAAAAUAACAAAAGACAUUCACAUGUCUGUUCCCGCAAACGAACAGAUUUCUACAUAUUUCACAAAUUAAACAUGGUACUAAUUCCACAGUAUUCAUUGUGUAGUAGGUGUUGUAAAUCUUUGCAAAGUAAACAGGUGGUCAAAAAUAUGAGAAUUUCACUUUAAACCAAAGGAUUUAACAAAGGAAAAGAAUAAAAAAAAAUUCCAUCCCAUCUGUCUUUGAUGAGGAACAUAAAAUAUUAUCGACCCAAAAUAUUGGUCAUCAAUAUACAUACUCAGGGGUCUUCUACAUAAUCCUCAAGUUGAUCUUUUUGAGCAACUAUUGUAACUAAAAGACAUGAACAGCAUGAUGAAAUCCAUGCAACACCUAAUAACUUUAAAAUUAUUGAACAGAAUAAAAUAUUGUUACUACUAAGGCUAGACCUAUGAUACUGUAAAAUGGCAUUAAUUUAGAAUGUGGAUCAGUAUCAUCUGACCGAUAGUCUAAGAAUUAAAUUAAUGAAUAGGUAAAAAUUGUGUUAUGAAAUUACAUGAUUUCAUUUUUAAAUUUAUUACACCUAUAAUACUGCAUGUACAGAGGAGACAGUUUCAUGUGAUCUUACAUGAAGAAACAAAUUGCCAAGUUCAUUAUUAGGAUACACAUUGAAUGGCCUCUUGUUAGAAAGGUAGGAGGGGAUUAUAGCUCACUGGAUACCUAUAACUUACAAAUGAAGGGUACUGUACUCAUGUUUAUGACAUAAAAAAGGCCUUAUUCUUGUUCCUGGCAUGAGUCAAUAAUAAAUUGAGUACAUUAUUGGCAUUUCAUCAAAUCUUUAUUCCUCCUUUUCACCCGAAGAAUUCAGGCAGUGAAUAUAGUAAUAACUUGUCUGUUGACACUUCUGCCUAUUGAAAUAGUUGGGAAAAGUGUUAACACUUUUGCCUUACUGUGAGUUCACAAAAACUAAGGAAUGCUAACAGUAUGACUCUUAAAAAAAAAACAUACCAACACAAUAUUCUACUAUGUUACUAGACUGUUUCAAUGUAAACCACAUAGAUGUGACAUACCUUAUCUCCUGAAAAGGGUUAAUUUGAUUAUUCAUUGAUACCUAUUCUAAGAUAGUGACUGUAGCCCUUAUUUCAAAGCCCUAUGGAGGCCACUGCGUAACUAAAGCUAGUUGAGGAGUGCAUAAAAGCAUGUUCUUCAUUACUUUUAACAAAGCACAAGUUACUCCUAACAGGACAUUUGUUAAAUUAUCACAUAAAACAGUCUGCCAGACACUGUAAAAAACAGCAAUGGCUUUUGUUUACAAAUGUAACUAAAACAUUUAAAGGAAGGCAAACUUGAAUAAGCAAAAAAAAAAAAUAGCACUUACGUAGCCUGUCCUUUACUCUAGAUUUCUUUUUUUAAUGUGGUUUGUAUUUUUCCCUACAUAGUAAAACCUCUCAGGCCCUCUGACAGCCUUCCAGUGCAGCUGUCCUCCACCCUCAGUGGCAGUGGUCAUCGUGACUUCACCUAUUAAGUUCCUAGCCAUUGUCACUUAUUUAGAGUUUCUUACAGGAAGCCAGCAACACCUAUCACAAUGUUUUCACCUCCUCUAACUCCCUUUAACCUUGCUUCUUGAUGAUUUUUACUUCCUGAACACUUUAUUCUACUCUCUUGCCAACAACUAGUCGCAUCUCUUUCCCUCAGAACUUUCUACUAAAUGUGCCCAAAUUUUAAAGAAAAAAAUAAAGAGGUGUAACCUGUAUUUCCUUUGUACUGAAGCCAGUGUCACUUAGAGUAUAAACAUUUGAUUUAAACAGAAUGUACUAGUCAAAGAGAUAAGAAAAUAUAUGGAAGACAGGCCUCCACCCCCCCCAAAAAAAGGGCACUUCCUCUGCUCGUGUCAGUACACACCUACUCCUCCCCUCUCUAACUUGCCCCUUAGUCCAUGUCCCACCCUACAAGACUGGGAGGAAGGCCUGGACCUUGCAAUGCUUUGUUAAACUAAGGAGUCUCAUGCUUAGGCUAAUUUGAGGUCUCACAGAUGAUCUGAGACCUCACUGUUUGGAAAGGUGCAUUUUAACGUAUUCCUUGUUCUAGCUUCUCUCCAAAAAUGAGGGGACUAAAAGGAAGCAGUCCAGGAACAAAUCUGUGAGGAGCCUUGUCAGAGAAUGAUCCUUCUAACUCUAGUUUAGACCUGAGAACUGGGAUAUCCGUCUGUCUUAUCUGGUCCUAUCCUCUGCCACAGACCAGGCCUUUGUGCACCUGAAAAAGGAGGAUGGAUCUGGCAAAGCAUUACUUUUUAUACAAAGGAUGUUUUGAAGUGUGAUAUGGUAAUUCUGCAUCUAGUAGGGACGCUGAAAAUGGUUAUCUCAAUAUUUAAUAGGUAAAACAAAUGCUAAGUGAAUUUGUUAAUUUUGUAGUUUUACAUAUUUUUUUUUUCUUAUGCUUCUACUAAGCCAGAUCUUGGAAUGGUCAGUAUAGGAAGUUUCUUAAAUUGUGGGACUUUAGUUUUGUGAGUCACUGUUUUCAAAUUUCAAAAAUCUCUGGUCAGCAAGAAUACAAUUGGUUGUCCAUCUUAUUGUUGCUCUUUAAAAUAGUUUUUUUUUUUUUAAGCAGUGAUUUCUAGAUCACCUACUUUGAACUAUCAAUGAACUUCUCCCAAGUGUUUUUCAGGAAUCCAUGUUUAUUUUCAAAAGUAUUAGAUUCCCUUUCUGAUACUUGCUCCUGCUUAUUUCUAGCAAAAAAAAUUGAAGUAUCUGCAUUGUAAAAUGUAAAUUGAUUAAAUUUGCAAUCUGUCUUUCUAUAAACUAUAAUCCCAUAGAUGUGUUUUGUUAAUUUAAUUACCUGAUUAUUUAUUUUUGUUUAAAUAAGA